AUGGCGAGUAGCAGUGGCACUGGGGUGGCAGGGGUGGCCGCAGCGGUGAAUCUGAAUGCAGUGAGAGAGACCAUGGACGUUCUGCUUGAGAUUUCAAGAAUUUUGAAUACUGGCUUAGAUAUGGAAACGCUGUCUGUGUGGCUUUGUGAACAAGGAAACCCAUAAGCUUUAUCAUCAGUUAAUAAGGAGCUUUGCAAGGCUGCUGAAGCACUUAAGACUGCUGAAAAUAUGACAAGCUGA